GUUUGUCGCCGUAUCUAAAUAUCUGAGGAGACCUAAUGUCGAUAAUAUCCCAACAGUUGGCCCUGAUGGCUUAAUUACAUCGUACUGGGGAGCUUUUAAAUUUUUAUUCUACGCUCGUGAGAUGUUACAGGAAGGUUACACCAAUCAUAAGGGCAAAGCCUUCAAGAUUCCAGGUUUAUUCUCCUGGAAUGUCUUCCUGAGUGGUUCCGAGCUCGUCGAGGAGGUCCGAAAAGCCUCAGAAGAUCGUCUCUCUGCUCGUGAAAGAAUCAGUGAUAUUUUGAAGCUCAAAUAUACUCUAGGCCAUGAGAUAAUGGACAACCCUUAUCACAUCCCAAUUAUCUUAACUCAGCUCACCCGUAACCUUGCUGCUCGAUUUCCGGACAUUCUAGACGAAAUUAAAGCUUCCUUCGAUGACAAUAUCCAACUAAAUGGCCAUGAAUGGGGAAGCGUGCCUGCAUUUGAAACCGUCGUACGAGUUGUAUGUCGAACAAGUAAUCGUGUAUUUAUUGGCCUUCCGCUAUGCCGCGAUCCCGAUUGGAAUGACCUGGUUUCUGGAUUCUCCCUCGAUGUGGUCAAGACUGCAGCCAUGAUCGAUUUGUUUCCUGAAUUUAUGGCCCCUCUCGUAGGUAGACUCCUUUCGAAGUUGCCUCAAUCCGUGCAGCGAGGAAUGAGGCUUUUACGGCCUAUAAUAGAGGAACGCCAGAAGUAUUUGGAUGACUAUGGGAGCGACUGGUAUGAAAAGCCGAAUGACAUGCUGUCAUGGCUCAUGGACAAAGCACAAGGAGAAGAACGUUCAGCGCAGAAUCUCACCAAGCGUGUGCUAGCAACUAAUUUUACCGCAAUCCAUACAUCAUCCGUUAUUUUUACACAUGCUUUAUUUCAUUUGGCCGCAAACCCUCGAUACAUUAAGCCACUACGCGACGAAGUGGAAACCAUCGUAGAGAAAGAAGGUUGGUCCAAAGCCGCGUUAGCAAAGAUGCGGCAUGUGGACAGUUUCUUAAAGGAAACGCUAAGGUUCGAUGGCCUCACUUUCAUAUCUAUGCUCCGCAAGGCUAUGACAGAUUUCACAUUUUCCGAUGGCACAUUCAUACCAGCUGGUUGUACGGUGACGGUCGCAUCGUCGCCUAUGCAUCAUGACAGUGAAAUAUAUGCAGACGCUGAUGCAUUCGUUCCCUUCCGAUUUGCCAACGAGAAGCAAGAGGGGGAACAACCUUGGCAGCAGAUGGUUUCCACCAACCCGCAGUAUCUUGCUUUCGGACACGGAAGAAAUGCAUGUCCUGGGCGCUUUUUCACUGCAACUGAGUUGAAAAGUAUGCUAGCACAUGUUGUUGUGACGUAUGAUGUCAAGUUCGAGGACGAGGGCGUGCGACCAACCAGUGUAUCAUUCGGUACGGCCAAUUCACCCGAUACAAAGGCAAAGAUCUUGUUCAGGAAACGUGUAGAAUAGU